AUGCUUGAAGAGCUCGAUGCGCUCGAAGACAACGGCUUGUGGCGCUUGAUCAAGCGUCCAUCCAGUAGCAACAGGCUACACACCAAGUGGGCAUACAAGACGAAUACCGUCGCGCACAACGACUUCGAGCGACUCAAGGCUCGACUUGGCGCGUGUAAAAAGGAGCAGGUCUUUGGCAUUGACUACCAGCUCACCUUCGCGGCAGUCAUGGACAUGUCCAUGGUGAAGGUGCUUUUGGCUCUGCCGGCGACGUGGGGCAUACCCGCUAAACACGGUGACAUACCGAAUGCGUGUGUGAAGGCGGACAAGGAAUCAAACCUCGAGAUAAUGCAACAGGUACCGCAAGCCAUGGAAGUCGACAAGGCAACACUGAAUAAGCUAGGUGCUUCAAGUCAUAAGGAACUGGCACUAAAUCUUCGCAAAAGUUUGUGCGGCCUUAAGCAAGCCGGACGACACUAG